GUCCAGAUUUAUGCAAGUGCAAGGGUCAACCUUACAAAAGACCUACAACUUCGAGCGAAUCUGGCUGAAUUUGAAACUUAACCCCCACACCAAGUGGUCUAGCGCGGUGAGUGAGUUAUUAAUGGACCUUUCAUCAUCUUCUUCUUUCAAGGUUGUUACGGUCGCUAUUAUUACCCACAGAGCUAUAUGAGGAGUCCAGCCCCCCCAAACCUCGACAAGUGUACCAAGUGCUGGAUCAAUCAUCAUGCCUUCCAGGGCUUUUACCUAUUUCUACACCGCGUACACGCUCGUCACCGCCCCGGUAUGGCUGGCGGCCGCGGCGAUUUACAACAUCCCAAAAUUCCUCCGGCCCAAUGCUGCUUGGUCAUGGAAAACUGCCUUUACGUCCAGUCAAUGGACUGUGACAAUGAAUUAUUUGACGACUAUCCAGAAAGCCUGGCCAAAAUCACUGGAAGCAGGCCCAUUGGGGAAUCAAUUCAUUGUGCUCAACCCCCAAAAGACCAUCACCACGAAGACCAAAGAAGGCGAAGAAUCAACUCAAUCCGAAGUCUACAAGGGAAUCACUUGCUCAGUACCGGGAGUGGAGCCCCUACCCGUUGGGGCUGUCUGGUUCCCGGAGGCCCCAGCUGAACCUCCACGGCGACUCAUCAUUCACUUCUACGGGAGUGCCUAUGUGAUGUUCGGUAGUCGUCCCGGGGAAACUGGCGAAGUAGGUAUCAAUGAACUCAGUAAAAUGUCCGGAUGGCCAGCGCUUGCCAUUCAAUAUCGCUUAUCUCGGGAUAAGAAAACCACAUUCCCUGCGGCACUCCAGGAUGGAAUCACUGCCUACGUUUAUGCUCUCGAGGUACUUAAGAUCCCAGCAUCUCAGAUCGUAUUCGCUGGCGACUCGGCAGGCGGCAAUCUCGUCGUGGCACUGCUCCGCUACAUCAACGAGGAGAACCCGGCGCUUCCGUUGCCUCGCUGUGCAUUUUUGUCGUCUCCUUGGGUCGACCUGAGCACUAAAUCCAUUGAGAAUGUGCCCCGGAACCGCAAUUACAACGCCGACUAUGUCACACAGGAUUUUCUUGACUGGGGCCGGAAGGCCUACACACCUGAGGGGUGGGAUAGCAGUAACUCCUGGAUUACAUUUCUAGGAAACGAGACUCAGCUGGGUAUUCCGGUCUUUGUCAAUGCUGGUACAUCGGAAGUCCUUUAUGAUGAUAUCAUGAAGUUUGCAGAGAACUUGAGGAAGAAGGGUAAUGAGGUUGAAGUGCUCGAAACUCCUAACUCAUGCCAUGUUCCUUAUCGGCUUGGUAAGGAUUGGGACCUAGAAGAAGAGCAGGCUAUUUGCUUGGCGACUAUGUCUAAAUUUCUUGAGAAAACCGGUGCUUGAGUGGGCAGCUAUAUAUACAUCUUUUCGAAGCGCUCGAGAUAGACCCGUCACCUGAUCGAAAUACAUUAUCUACACGAGUUAGAAUAUUUGUGCAACACCUUAUGUCUCCAGUCUUUACGGAAUCCAUGCAACCUUGGAAAC